ACAUUCAAACACCGGCCAACCCUUGAGCUUCUUCCCGAUCAUCUGUGACACUUUCAUUACCUUGCUGCUGACUUACACUAACAUCUAUCCUUGCUUAUCUGCUUUUUCUUAUGCUUAUCCCUAUUUGAGUCGGACGAAUAUCAAACAAGAACUCUUGAGUGGUGAUCCAAAAAAGAAGAAACAAGCCGAGAACCAAAGGCCUUUGCCUUUGCGAAAGUGCAGAACCAUGGGAGGCUUGGAGAGUUGGUCCUUGGAUGUAGGAUUCGGGAACUUGGAAUCUCAGGUGGAUCACAAAGGCAACCAACCAUUUUCCUGCUCCAUGAAGCCUCACCUAAAGAGUACAAAGCUAUGGGGCAAGCUUAAUUUUGAAAUUGACGAUGAUGUAUAUCCCAUACGCACACAUUUUCACACGACUAGCAAGGAUAAAGUAGGUAUAGAGUAAAGGGAAUUUCAGAUUGUCCACGAGGAAGAAGGAUAAUAAUAAUAACCUCCGAGUAGAGGAGGACGUCCGAAACGGGUGAUUGAAGAAGAUCGAAUAACAGGAUUUCUUUUCUACUACUUUUGGAAUGUGCUUUCCUCCUUUGAUCCAUCUUUUCUUUCCGUUCUAUCCUUUCUUUGCAUUCAUUUGAUAGCUUGGCACAAUUCUGGACCGAGCCGCUUCAUGAUUUUCCAUCCAACAUAUUUCUCUGCUCUGGUUUAGUUAUUGACUCGAAUCAUCCGAAUUCUGGCUUGUUGAUUUUUUUCUUCUGUAUUCUGGGGGUUCCGUUUCAUUUUAUCAUCAUUUAUCAAUUUUUGUUUGAAAAUUAAUGACUAUGUCGGAGAAAAACAAUAUCCCAACACCUUUAUGGUCACCGGCCUUGCCCGAGCAUAGAGGAGGGGUAAGUGGCUUUCAUCGCAGACAUACCUCUCUCGUCCCUCCGUCCCCACGUGAGUUCUUCGAUUCACGGCCUAGUACUGCCUCUGAGCCCGAUUCAGAAGCAUCUGGUCCCAAACCACAAGCAGUGACAUGGAUGUCACUACCUCGGAAAGAUCAAUUAGCCAUCCUCUUCUUCUCUAGAUUGGUAGAUUUCUUGCAAAUUGCCUCAUUGCAAGCUUAUAUGUUCUAUCAGUUGAAGAGCUUCGAUCCUGGCUUGUCUGAUGCUGCUAUUUCGUCACAGGCGGGGAUCUUGCAAGGCUGUUUCACUGGAGCUCAGGUCUGUACUGCGGUGCUAUGGGGUAAAGCCGCUGAUGCUUGGGGGAGGAAGAUGGUUCUCAUGAUUGGGCUGAUUGGAACGGCCAUCUCAUGUAUGGGAUAUGGCUUCUCGACGACGUUUUGGCAAGCGGCUUUGUUUCGUGCCUUUGGUGGUGCUAUCAAUGGUACUGUUGGAAUAAUACGUACCAUGGUUGCAGAGUUCACCAAAGAGAAGAAAUAUCAAUCCCGGGCAUUUUUGCUCUUGCCCAUGAGUUUCAAUGUGGCUGGUAUAUUGGGUCCAGUUAUGGGUGGAUUACUUGCAGAUCCAGCAAUGACACUCCCUGGUCUUUUCGGUGACCAAGCUGCAUUCGGAUUUGAGUGGCUUAAAUCAUAUCCCUAUGCUCUUCCUGGUAUUCUCAAUGCCGUCUUCUUAGCAACUACCGGCGCCAUCGUAUUCUUAGGUCUAGAAGAGACACUUCCUUCGGCACGUGGCCAAUUUGAUUACGGAAUUAAUUUGAUGAAUCGGAUUAAACAAUCAAUAGGGUUUGGAACUAUUGUUGCCCCGAUUGAUUACUCUCAUCUCGAGACCUCAAUUGAUAGCCUCGAGAACUUCGAACCUAAAUCAAUUACUCGUCCCACCGCAAACAAAUUACCCUUUAAUCGCAUCUGGAACAAAAACGUAAUCUUUACCUUGAUUACCGGCGCAUUCUUUGAUUUCCAUCUUGGAGCUUUCACAAAUAUCUGGUCACUUUUUCUCUCCACUCCACGACCUACUUCCAAAGAUUCACGAUCUCUUCCCUUUGUAUUCACCGGUGGUCUCGGUAUGCCUGCCGCAACAGUCGGCUUUGCAACAUCCAUUCUCGGCGUCCUUGGCAUGGCUCUACAAGUUCUUCUUUAUCCACCUGUUCACGCAAGACUUGGUACUCUCCUUUGCUUUCGAUUUUUUCUAAUUUUGUUCCCCAUCGCUUAUUUCGUUGCUCCAUAUUUGGCUGUAUUGCCUUCCAGUACUUUGGCACCUGCGCCUGCUGCCGGACCUGCCAUCUGGAUUGGAAUUUUCUUUGUACUUUUACUUGCUGUUUCAGCGAGAACUUUUACGCUUCCUGCUACGAUUAUCUUAUUGAACAAUUGUUCGCCUCAUCCUUCUGUUUUGGGUACGAUACACGGAAUUGGACAAUCAGUCUCAGCGGGCUUCCGCACAGUGGGACCGGUGGUAGGUGGAAUAUGGUAUGGACGGGGGUUGGAAAAGGGAGUAGUGGGAUGGGCAUGGUGGGAAACGGCAGUGGUCGCUGCGGCGGGAUGUGUAACAGCUAUGUGGGUUUAUGAGGGAAGUGGACAUGAAAUAUUCUUGGAAGGGGAGGAAGAUGACAUGGAAGAGGUGGAAAUGCAAGGGUUGAUGAGGGAUAAUCAGAGAGAAAGAGAAGAGGGAGUUUUUGCUGAGAGACAGGGGCUGAUGGGACAGAUGGGUGGAGGUAGUAAAGGAGUUAGUCUGGAGGUUAGAAGAAGCUUGGCUUUAAAGUAGGGUUGUGAUUCCCGAUGGCUAGAAUAGGGCUGGCGUACAGGCGUUUGUGUUCGGAUAUCAUGGGAAUAAAUACCACAUAUUUGUGCUGGGCAUAAAAAGGUCGGAUAGGUGGAUGGCGGACCAAUUACUUAUGAAGUUAUCUACGAAAAGUUCUUCGGCGGAAAUAUAUAUUAUUAAAUUCC